UCCGGUAGGAGGGCGGAGGGGGACGCCAUUGCGGGCGGACGCCGUGCGGAGCGCGUGUGGCGGCGAGAGGCUUCGUGUGCAGCUUCUUCCCUGCGGCCGUGCGGAGUUAAUGCCUUGUACUGGUCAGCGCUGGAAACUGAUUUGGGGAUGUGAAAAUCAAGGAAAGCAAUUUAAGUCUGAAUACAGCUGUGAUGCACAUCUGUUUGAUGAAGAAGACGUCGCUUUUACCUAGUCACUUUGCCAAAUUAGCUGCAUUGAAAAGUAAGAAAAAAUAUGACAGAAAAAGCGAGUGCAGAUGAUUUUCAAGUUUGGGAUUCUCUCAAGAAGAAAAAGAAAAAACACAAACACAGUAAGAAACAUGAAAGUGAUGAAAAAGAAAGCGUGCAAAAUGCAGAGCAAAGCCGUGCAUCUCCACUCCUUUUUGAAGAUCAACCUGUGCAGAGCAGUGAAGUCUGUAAGAAGAAAAAGAAGAAGAAAAAGAAAAACGAGGGAGAGAAAGAACAGCCUUUGUUAGAUAACUUUUCUACAGGGCUGGAAGAUGAAAUUAUUAAUGAAACUGUAAUGGAUGGUUCCCCAAAGAAAAAGAAAAAAAAGAAGCGGAAGCGUGAUGAUAGUGCAGAUGAGCCCAGUGAUGUAAUUUGUGUCGAAAUAAAUCAAGAUAAUAUUGAGAGCUAUCAGGAGAAUGAGGCUGAUCAUGUUUAUAUAAAAAAGUCUGCUAAGAAGAAAAGAAAGGAAAAAUCACCAGAAAAGGAUGAGGUAAGUGAGCCACCUACCUCAGAAACAUAUGUUAAAAGUGACCAUAAAAGGUCAAAGAAGAAGAAGAAGAAGAAGAGAAAACACAGUAUCACCGAAGAUACAGAAGAAGGCACAGACCUAAUGGUUAAUCAGUCAUUCUUGUCAUCUCCAGAACACGAUACACAAGAGGAAGACACAGUGUUGGCAUUACCUACAGAAAACAGUAGUGUGACAAUGUCCCAGCAAUCCCAUGAAGAUGCUGACUGUAAUGCUUCUCCUGCCUCGAUCGAAGAUCCUGUGGAUGCACCCGCUAAGCCUACCGAAGAGGCUGAUCAUUCCUUCAGAAAAACUCCGAGGCGCGUUCGGAAGGUUAAAUCCAGUAGCAUAGUCAUGGAAGAAAGCUCCUCAGAGUCUGAGAUAAUGACACCUGAACCUACAACAUCAAAUAAAGAGGAAGACCAGAAUAAUUCCUGUACUGAAAAUGUAGCCUCUGAUGAACUGGAUGAUGAUGAUGGUCUGGACUCUAGCAUGUUUUCAGUCUUGGAUUUGGAUACUGCAAAACAAGAACUUGAAGAGUUUAUUCCUCAUGUGAGGAAAAUGUCAGAUAGUUCAAUCAGGAAGAUGGCUGGAAGAGACCUAACGAGGUUUAAACGUUUUAAAAAGCAAGGUAUUGCUAUCAAGUUUGGCAGAUUUUCCCAGAAGGAAAAUGAUCAAAUCAGGAAAAAUGUUGAAGAGUUCUUAUCACUUACUGGAAUAGAGAAUGCUGAAAAACUCCUGUUUACCUCUAGGUAUCCAGAAGAGAAAGAAACUAUCAGUCGCCUAAAAGCAGAGUUUCUUUUCUGUGGGAAAAUUGCUGAGGGCAUUCCACGACCCUGGAGACUGAUUUAUUAUCGAGCAAGGAAGAUAUUUGACCCAAAUAACUAUAAAGGGAGGUAUACUAAAGAUGAAAAAGAAAAAUUGAAGAAGUACUAUGCUAUUCAUGGCAAUGAUUGGAAGAAGAUUUCUGAGAUGAUGUCUCGUUCUAACCUCUCAGUUGCUAUGAAAUACUCUGAAAUCAAGUCGGCUAUUAAUUACGGUCCUUGGACUAAGGAAGAAACACGGAAGUUAAUGCGUGCAGUGGAGGAGGUGAUUACUAAAAGAUCAAAAUUGGAAGAUGAGAAAUCUUCAUCAGAAAAGUCACGUAGAAAUCUCUCAAUUGACCGUGAAAAACUCUACCAGAAAUUACCAUGGACUGAGAUUGAAGCUAAAGUGGGAACCAGAUAUUGGAGGCAAUGUAAACAGAAAUGGACUUCGAUUUUAACAAGCAAGAUGACCAAAGGGCAGCAGUUAUACAAGGGGACCAAAGGAUUACAGGCCAAAAUCAAUCUUAUUAAAAGGUUGUAUGAAAUGAAAGUGGAGGAUGCUAAUGAAGUAAACUGGGAAGAACUCAGUAAUGCUAUUGGAGAUGUCCCUAGAGCCUAUGUUCAAGCCAAAUUUUACAAGCUAAAGGUCUCCUGUGUCCCUUUUUGGCAAAAAAAGACUUUUCCUGAAAUUGUUGAUUAUCUUCAUGAUGAGAAACUCCCAGAACUGGAAGAAAAGUUGCAAAAAAGGAAAAAGAAACACCUCAGUUCUGACAGUUCAACAGCCAGCCAACAGAAAAAGGUUUUCCAGCUCAGUGAAAUUUUUGACUCCAGUGAAGAGAGUGAUAAUUGAUUGCCUUAACACGUCCUAGUCUGCAUAUUUAAGAUGCAAAAUGGAUCUGGUUGAAAGUGGACACAGAUCAACAACUGCAGGUAUACAGACUGAAAUAAUGGAAAAAGCAAAGAUAGGCGUGCCUGCUUUUCUUGUUUCAUAUUGAAGACUGAGGUAAAUACAGCUUUUGUGCCACCUUUUGUUACUAGGAAUUUAUCUUUGGUUUUAGAUUUUUCUUUUUUAAAGAAUCCAAGUUGCUUUCUACAAGACUCAAAUAGGUAUUUUUUCCUUUCCUUUGUUCUGUGGAAUUGGAAACUGCUGUUUACCUUUUGUGUGUGAAUUUGGUUUUCAGCACUUUAAAGAAUUUUAAAUCCUUUUUUCUUUUUUAAGAAAAAAAGCUUGACCACGAAGAAGGCUUUCUAUUGGCUUUUAGAUAUCUCUAAAACAAAUCUUCAGACACAUGCUUUGAGGGGAAAUGGCAGCACCUUGUUCUUAAGAACAGUUGAUUCCCAUUUUUUGAUGUGGAGUUGCUCUUUUUUCAGUUCUUCCAGAGAAAGGGGACUUAUGUCCAUUAUUAAUUACAAAUUGUUGUCAUGCAAACCAGAAUGAUACAUUUAGAAUGUUUUCUUUAAUAUUUGGAAUACAGAGAGAAAAUGGACAGUAUAUAUUUUUUUAUUAUGCUGAGGAAAGUUUCUACAUUUUAAUAUGGAAACUAAGGGGUAAGAUGGAAAUUGUACUCAUGUCUUUGUAUAUUUUUAACCAUUUGCCUAAAGUAAUUAUUUGUAAAUUGACAGUGUGAAUGUAAAAAAUCUUACUGUGCAUGUAAAGUAUUUGUUCAGCUUGCUUAUAUUUCCUAUAAAGUUGCAUUAGAAAGCA